CACACACUAUCCGUACGACCACAAAUCACGACAAGUUGAACCAGUAAAGACGGAGAGAAGUUAGCGCAGCGGCCCCAGGGAAAAGGGAGGAGAUCUGCAAUCUAAUCUGUCCCGUGCGCCGCCAAAUGCCGACCGCUUCCCGCCCGCCUUGCCGCCGCGCCUCAAAUGUUCCGUUCCAGUGCGAUCCUCUGCUUUUUUCAAGCUUUGCUCAGUCAUACUCGCAGAAGAUCACUGAUCCUGGUCGGGCCAGCCGUCUUUCCGUACCCCCUUGUUCUGCAGAUGCAGAAUUGCAGACUGCCGCGCCACUCGUUCAGAUUCAAACAAGUUGUGGAGAUGCCUAGGCACAGGAGCAGAGCCAGCAGAAGCUUGAGCAACUCGAGAGAUACGAAGAGAUCGGGCCCUAGGCCACAUCUCACAGGCUCGCAGCCCAUUGGAUCGAGUUCCCACAUUCUCGAAUCACACACCAAGUUCUCUCCGAGCCCUCCGAAGGAGAAAAGCGGAUAUCACGGCCCGUCUUAGCAUCAAAGCUUGACCUUUGAUCCACCCCACACACGCGUACGGUAGCGCCUGCAACGUUGAGGCACUCUUGCAUUUGUAGUCCUGUCACUGUGAGGCAUAUCCAGGUGGCCAGGGCCCAGGGGGUAAAUGACAGACAGACAGACUGAGACCAGUCAGGUCCAAUAUUCGCCGGUUUGCUGCCCAGUUCGUCAACGGCGAGCCCGUACCUAUCAGACUAAAGUCAGUCAAGGAAUCUACCUACUCCCUUACUCUCUAUCCGCACGUUACUGUACUGUGAAAGAGCAAGGAGGUCCCAUCAAAAAGGUCUUCAACAUGCCGUGAAUGUCACCCGAAGUGCGGUUUCGCAAUCGCAGUUCGGACUCGAGCGAGAAAAUCCAUAGACCAUGGUCCAUGGAUGAAGCAAAGAGUAUCCACCAC